GCCUGAUCAGUGGUCACAGUAGAACAACGAACACGCGAGGCGAGAGUUAAAGAUCUGAAAUUUCUUGUCUUCGACUCAUUUCAUUUUCCUUCAUGAUUGGAUCAAUCUGCACGAGCUGAACGCCGCCGAUUAAGACCAAUCACUGCCGACGACGUUCUGAAAUUAGCUUGAAUGGCUGGUGGUAGGGGAAUUUACCACUUGCUGAGGGGCAGACUCCAUUCUCAUUCAGCUGCCCCACCAGCUUUGUCAUCGCUCAUAUUGAGGAAAGAUCAAAAUGACACCGGAUCUGCUGGUGUGAAGUCACUGAGGGCAAUUGCUCUUCUUGGAGCAGGCGUGUCAGGGAUUUUAAGUUUUACAACUAUUGCCUCUGCUGAUGAAGCUGAACAUGGUCUUGAAUCUCCAAGCUACCCCUGGCCUCACCAAGGCAUUCUCAGUUCAUACGACCAUGCUUCGAUCCGACGUGGUCACCAGGUGUACACGCAAGUAUGUGCAUCGUGUCACUCGAUGUCACUGAUUUCAUAUCGUGACUUGGUGGGAGUUGCAUACACAGAGGAGGAAACAAAAGCAAUGGCUGCUGAAAUUGAAGUGGAAGAUGGUCCAAAUGAUGAAGGGGAAAUGUUCACACGCCCUGGCAAACUCAGUGAUCGCUUCCCUCAACCUUAUGCAAACGAACAGGCUGCUAGGUUUGCUAAUGGUGGAGCCUACCCUCCAGAUCUCAGCCUUAUUACCAAAGCUCGCCAUAACGGACAGAACUAUGUGUUUGCGCUUCUGACUGGUUACCGUGAUCCUCCAGCUGGUGUUACUAUUCGUGAAGGUUUGCAUUAUAAUCCUUACUUCCCUGGUGGAGCUAUUGCUAUGCCUAAAAUGCUUAAUGAUGGUGCUGUUGAAUAUGAAGAUGGCACUCCUGCAACAGAGGCCCAGAUGGGAAAAGAUGUUGUCUCGUUUUUGAGUUGGGCUGCAGAACCAGAAAUGGAAGAAAGGAAACUGAUGGGAUUCAAGUGGAUAUUUGUACUGUCUUUGGCUUUGCUUCAAGCAGCUUAUUACAGGCGUUUGAGGUGGUCUGUUUUGAAGUCCCGCAAGCUUGUUCUUGAUGUCGUCAACUAGAAGCCAAUCUGAUCUGCUCUCUGGUUGGACCACAGAUGUUUAAAAUAAAAAAAAAACAGAUCUGAAAUGAUAAAUAAUUAUUUCCGUAAAAGAUUUAAAUCCAUAUUUUUGUGCUAAAUUUGGUACAGAAGAUGUGUAUUUCGGUUUUUACUGGUUUUCCAUUUUGGAAUUUUGAAGCCAGUAAUAAGGGAACUGUGUUGAUGUA